UGAUGGAAACGUGAAGGACUGACGUGCAGGUUAUAACGGACGUGACGUCAUCGUCACGUGGUCAGCCACAGCAGCUGUUGCUCAUGAGUUGAGGAACCUAUUUUUUUCCCACCAUAAGGCAUGACAUCAGUCCUCAUGGCAACAGAGGGUGUGGAAAAUACGAGCGAAGAUGCUCCGGCAGCUGGGAAGGUCGGUGCCAGGUUUGACCUGGAGAAAGAGACCGAACUUAGGUUUGAGGUGGAGGCUGGAGAGGCUGCAGAGCAGGUUGAGCUGGAGCUCCUCACGGGAAUGGCUGAGGUGUUUGGCUCAGAGCUGAACCGCAACAAGAAGUAUGUAUUCGGACCAGGCUCUAAGAUCGCCGUUUUCACCUGGCAAGGCUGCAGUGUGAACCUUUAUGGAAAGCCAGAGGUGGCUUAUGUGUCCAAAGAGACUCCCAUGCUUCUCUACCUGAACACGCAUGCUGCCCUGGAACAGAUGAGAAAACAAGCAGAGCGGGAUAAUGAGAGGGGUCCGAGGGUGAUGGUGGUCGGACCCACAGAUGUGGGGAAGUCAACAGUGUGUCGGUUGCUAUUAAGCUAUGCUGUAAGGGUGGGCAGGAGGCCAACGCUAGUGGAACUGGACGUAGGACAGAGUGGGGUGUCCGUACCUGGGACAGUGUCGGCACUGUGCAUUGAGCGUCCGGCAGACGUGGAGGAGGGUUUCUCAGUCCAGGCUCCUUUGGUCUACCACUUUGGCUCUACCACACCAGGGACCAACAUCAAACUUUACAACAAGCUGACGUCAUGCUUGGCCGAGGUGUUUUCCCAGCGCUGUGAGGUGAACAGGAAGGCCAGCGUGGGAGGCUGUAUCAUCAACACCUGUGGCUGGGUGAAGGGCUCUGGAUACCAGGCUCUGGUCCAUUGUGCCUCUGCCUUUCAGGUGGAUGUGGUGCUGGUGCUGGAUCAUGAGCGGCUGUACAAUGAACUCAAACGAGACCUCCCUCACUUUGUGCGGGUUGUGCUCCUACCGAAGUCCGGGGGGGUGGUGGAACGCUCAAAGGAGUGUAGGCGGGAUACUCGGGAUGAGAAGAUCCGCGAGUAUUUCUACGGCUUCCGUGGCGUGUCAUACUACCCUUUUUCCUACGAGGUGCGUUUCUCAGAUGUCCGUAUCUAUAAGAUCGGGGCACCAUCCAUCCCAGAUUCAUGCCUGCCUCUGGGAAUGUCUCAAGAUGACACGCAGUUGAAGCUGGUGCCUGUGACACCUGGGAGAGACCUCACAUACCAUGUGCUGAGCGUGAGCAGUGCUGAGGACGGAGAGGAAGGGGCUAGAAAGGGCAUAGUGGAGAGCCCUGUGUGUGGCUUCAUUGUGGUGACUAAUGUGGACACGCAAGCACAGGUAAUGAAAGUGCUGUCCCCAGCACCCAGACCACUGCCCAGACACACUCUGCUUAUCAUGGAUAUUCGCUUCAUGGACAUGAAAUGAAAUGACACUUCAGGGAAAAUGACUCCGGUAGCAAGAGAGGUUGGUCUGAUGUUCGGUAGGAUAUCUUUCAGAGAAUUUGUUUGUACCAGAGGACCUGGAUUUUGUUUCCUAGUUGUCUUGUUUCUGCUUUGUACAGACUACAGGGGGCGUUGAAAAAGAUUUAAAAGUUGAAUUUGGUCAUUGCUUUAAAUUAUACCUCAUUUUAUCAACACUGUACAGAUGUAAUUUGUGGCAGGGGAUGUUUUAUGGGUUCGGGGAAUUAUUUUAGUGAUUUUUAUAAAGAUUGCUUUUUCAUGAGUAAUAAAAAAUUUCAUGUAAAA